CGGAAGUGGGAUGUGAUGUGAAAACUCGCCCUGCACUUUUCCCUUUCCCCCUCUGUGUGCAGCGGAACACGGCGAGAGGAAAAGAACAAAACCGUUUCGAUAAAAGCAAUGGUCCUGGCUGCGACCUCGGUGAAUUAGUGUGGAGUCGGAUGCUGGUUUGUUGAAAAGAAAAGCGCUGUGUGGGGAAAAGUCCGGAGCUGAGGAGCAGGUAACGGGUUCGGUUCCGAUCUGAGCGGACACGGACUUUCAGGGGACAAGACAAAGUUGUUCAGAGAUGUAGUGUGUGUUCUGCAGUGGGAGACUCUGAUGCCUCACCAUGUUACUCUUCCUGCUGUUGGUCCUACAUCCUAAAGCCAAUGCUCAGAUAGAUCCAGUACUGUGUCGCUACCCUCUUGGCAUGGAGGAUGGCAGAAUCAAAAAUGAUGACAUCACAGCCUCCAGCCAAUGGUACGACACGACCGGGCCGCAGUACGCCAGGCUGAACAGGGAGGAGGGUGAUGGCGCCUGGUGUCCUGCCGGUCAGCUACAGCCGUCUGAUGUCCAGUACCUGCAGCUGGACCUUCGUCGGCUCACCUUCCUCACAGUGGUGGCCACACAGGGCCGAUACGCCCGCAGCUCCGGCAACGAGUUUGCACGCAAGUACCGGCUCACCUACAGCCGAGACGGCCAUCGCUGGCUCUCCUGGAGGAACCACUUCGGCGAAGAGAUUAUCAUGGCGAAUGUGAACACGUAUGCGUCGGUGGGGAAAGACCUCCACCCGCCCAUCAUCACACGUUUCCUCCGCCUCAUCCCCGUCACAGACGCCAUGCACACGGUCUGUAUGCGUGUCGAGCUCUUCGGCUGCCCCUGGCAAGAUGGGUUAACGGCGUACAGCGCUCCUGAGGGCCACACCAUGAUGGCUCCAGGAUAUCCUAUCACCCCUCUCAACGACUCCACCUACGACGGAGUUCAGGAGCGCAGGAGGGUGCUGGGUGGUCUGGGUCAGCUGACAGACGGUGUGAUUGGGCUGGAUGAUUUCUCUCAGACCCGUCAGCACAUGCCCUGGCCUGGUUAUUACUACGUGGGCUGGAGAAACGACUCUCUCGGACCCGGCUACAUCGAGAUGGAGUUUCAGUUUGACAGGCAGAGGAACUUCACCUCCAUGAAGGUGCACAGCAACAACAUGUUUGCACGUGGAGUUAAGGUCUUUUCAUCCGUAUCGUGUGUGUUUAAGCCCCGGCUCAUCUCACAGUGGGAGCAGGAGCCCGUGGAGUUCUCCACAGUUCUGGACGACCGGAACCCAAGCGCUCGGUAUGUCACUGUGCCUCUGGAGCGACGAACGGCCACGGCUGUCCGCUGCAGGUUCUACUUCGCCGACACCUGGAUGAUGUUCAGUGAGAUCUCCUUCCAGUCUGCGACCAACCCGCUGCCCACCCUGAGACCUCCGGUGAUGACAUCACUGCCAUUUGAAAUGCAGAGCCAAGCACCGACUACAAAUACAGCAGCUACAGGUGCACAGUGUCAUGAUGCCAGCAUGGCAACGUCGAAGCCCCGCCCACCCGAAGAGAGCAGCACGUCCAUUCUGAUUGGCUGUCUGGUCACCAUCAUCCUCCUGCUGGUGGUGAUCAUCUUCCUCAUUCUCUGGUGGCAGUAUGUGUGCAAAGUCAUGGAGAAGGGUCCGAGGCGUAUCCUGGAUGAGGAGGUGAUGGUGCAUUUGCCCUGCAGCAGUGAGUCUCCUCAGUCGCCCCCUCUGGACUCUCUGGACUCUCCAUAUGAGAGAGUGUUUCUGCUCGAUCCACCCACACGCACUCCGGAACGCACUGAGCUUAGAGCCAAAGCCCCGGAUUGCGGUGAUGGUUAUGCUGAGCCGGACAUUACCCAGUGCACCCAUCACCAGAGUCUCCAGUCCAGUGUUCCUCACUACGCUGAGACCCUAAUUGUGAAGCUGCAGGGUGUUACCGGCGGCAACACCUACGCCAUCCCCGCCCUCACCGCAGACUCUCUGACACGUAAAGACAUCACCGCUGCUGAAUUUCCAAGGGAACGCCUCAUCUUCCGUGAGAAACUGGGGGAGGGGCAGUUUGGAGAGGUGCACCUGUGUGAGGCGGAGGGUCUGGUUGAGUUUUUAGAAGAGGAUGCUCCUCCGUUAUUUGAUGACCAGAGCUCGGUGCUGGUGGCAGUGAAGCAGCUCAGAGCCGACGCCACCACCAACGCCAGGAAUGACUUCCUGAAGGAAAUAAAGAUCAUGUCUCGCCUGAACAACUCGAACAUCAUCCGCCUGCUGUGUGUGUGCGUGCACUCGGACCCCCUGUGCAUGGUGACGGAGUACAUGGAGAACGGAGACCUCAACAUGUUCCUCUCUCAGAGAGAGAUCGAGAGCACGCUCACCCAUGCCAACAACAUCCCCUCUGUCAGUAUGGCAGACCUGUUGCACAUGGCCGUUCAGAUUGCAUCAGGGAUGAAGUACCUGGCGUCUCUGAACUUUGUGCAUCGAGACCUGGCCACGCGGAACUGCCUCCUGGACCGACAGCUCACCAUCAAGAUCUCCGACUUCGGCAUGAGCAGGAACCUGUACAGCAGCGACUACUACAGAAUCCAGGGCCGAGCCGUGCUGCCUAUACGCUGGAUGGCCUGGGAGAGCAUCCUGCUGGGUAAGUUCACCACAGCGAGUGACGUGUGGGCGUUUGGUGUGACUCUGUGGGAGAUCUUCACUCUGUGUACGGAGCAGCCCUACAGUCUACUGACAGACGAGCAGGUCAUCGAGAACAGCGGAGAGUUCUUCAGGAACCAGGGGAGACAGAUUUACCUAUCCCCUCCCCCGCUGUGCCCCGCCCCUCUGUAUGAGCUGAUGAUGCGUUGCUGGAGACGUGACAUCAGAGACCGCCCCUCCUUCAACAGUCUGCACCAGGCCUUACGACUCCACUCUCCCCGCUCCUGAGUGGCAUACGCUCCAGCCAAUCAGCUCUGGCCAUGAGCCCGACCCAACCAAUCAGCUCUGAGUGUGAGCCUGCAGUCUUUCCCCUGAUGAGAACCAGAAACUGGACAGGCUUGAUGUAGCGGUGUGGAAGAGAAACGACGAUGAUGAUGUCAUCUUGAUACACUCUUUUCUGGGUUUCAGUCCUGCAUCGCGUGUUAGCACGGUUCUGUGCUAAUCAUAAAUUAGCAUGUUGGCAUCAGAGAGCGGUGCAGAGGUCUGUUGGGACUCGGGGGUGUGGCUCCAGUCCAUAGACACUUGAGAUGUUUUUUAAUUUGAAUAGUUAUUUUCAUUUCCUGUCCUUGUGAUAUGUUGUGUCUCUGAGCCUACUGUAUGCUCACGGCCUUAAAGGCACGGUUCAGCCCAGAAUGAAAAUGUACACAAGGUGUUUUUGAACUCUGAUAAAGCUGAUUUAGUGAGUGUGUGAGGAUUUCGGUGUGCAGUGCUAAACUGGCGGCUUUAGGCUUCCAUCACUCAUGAGCUACAUGAGCCUUAAGCUCCGUGUGCUGGCUCAUCAGGGGGAAUGUGUACAUUUCAUUUUCUGCUGAAAUGUUCCUUUAAGGAGCCAACUGGAGGAGUGUGUGUGUGUGUGUGUGUGUGUGUGUGUGUGUGUGUGUGUGUGUGUGUGUGUGUGUGUGUGUGUGUGAGCCCUGUGGUCCCUCAUCGCUCAGCACUACUGCCUGUGUGUGUGUGUGUGUGUGUGUGUGUGUGUGUGUGUGUUCACUCCCUCCCCACACUGGAGUUAUGAAUGAAUCCUGACUAUAAUGUGGAUCUUUUUUUUUUUUUAAAUGUUUGUAGUUUUCUGUAUAUGAAUGUUCUACAGGUUCAUUUGAGAGAGCAGAACUACUGUCAUAGCUAAACGACUGGAGCGCUUUCCUGAGAGACACUCUGACUGUGUUGUAUGCUGGGGGUGCCAAAACUUUUACCAAGACUUCAGCAGUCCUCAGAGUUGUGUACUGAUAUGUUUCCAAUAUUAUAGACUUAAAAGUGCAUAGCACACCGACAACUUCCUAACACAGCACAAGCACCUCCAGUGGUGCAUUAUGGGUAAGGGCGUGAGCUACCCAUAUAUGUAAAUGUCAUUUGGAACGUUGCGUGUUAAUAUUCCGACGCUCCUGAACAUCCUGAUCAGCUCUGAUAGAUCUCUAGGACUUUGUGUAAGGCAAACAUGAACCCAAACACAAGAAAGAGUACCUGAAGUGUGGAGAACCGGAGUACCCCAGACUGGACCUCUCUGGCUCUUUGCUGAAGGCACAUGACUCUGAAGAGCACGUCUCCCUUCUCUCGUCACUAAUAUUAUAAUGAGCUUUAUUCUGUGGUGCUUACGCUUUCAUCAAGCGUUCCUGUGUGCAUGAGGUCUCGUUCACUCGGUCUCUCCACUUCCUGUGUGGUUCGGCUCUCGGGAGGGGAUUUGAAGUGGAUCUCCUGUGUGUGUGUGUGUGUGAUCUCUGUUAUAAAUAGAGUGUGUAUGGUUGGGGCGUGUACAUAAGCAGAACAGAUGUGUGUAAUAUAUACGGGGUGAAGGAGGACAUGUUGUGGCAUAGCGUUUCUCUCAGAGCUUUUCUUCUGCUCCUGUUUUCUUCUUUCUCAUUAAAUAUCCAAUCUGACUCCA